UAGUGUUUAGAGAGGGAGGGGGGAGGCAACACAAAAGGCCAUAGGAAGGAAUCCUGGCAGUGUGUGUCUAUGAGAUGGGAGGUUUAGCUUUAGGGUAAACAAUAAAUAAAAGAGAGAAACAAAAAUAAAUGCGCCUACAAAGCCAUGGAGUCUGCCCUUGAUUUAGAGAGAUGCCCUUUGAACAGGUGACCUUUGAGGAAGUGACUGUAUAUUUCACAGUGGAGGAAUGGGCCCUAUUGGAUUGGAAGCCAAGAUCUUUAUAUGAGGAGGUCAUGAUGGGAAUGUGUCCUCCCUGGGUGAAAACUGGCUCAAGAGAGAAAACGAAGAGGACACUCCCCAGCCAAUGGAUCCUACAACAGUGGAUCCUGGAGAACUCCCUGAAAUGCUGUUAGAGGAGAGCACCGAUUCCUUGGAUUUUGAGCAUCCCAGUGCCCCCCGAGGAGACUUGGAGGCACCUGGGGAUGCCUUUGCUGGGCCAAUCCCUUUGAACUAUGAGAAUGGCCCCUCGGGGAUCCACCUGGACGACCGGCCAUUCAAGUGCGACGGGUGCGGCAAAUCCUUCCGCCACAGCUCUAGCCUUUUGACCCACCGGCGCCUCCACACGGGAGAGAAGCCUUACAAAUGCACUGACUGUGGGAAGAGCUUCAAUACCAGCUCGGCCCUCAUUGUCCACCGCCGCACCCACACAGGGGAGAAAUCGUAUGUCUGCUCGGACUGCGGGCGGUGCUUCAGCGAAGGCUCAGUCCUGAUCAAGCACUGGCGCAUCCACACUGGGGAGAAACCCUACAAGUGCUCCCUCUGCGGCCGUGGCUUCCGGCAGAGUUCUCAGUUGCGGGCCCAUGAGCGAACUCACACGGGGGAGAAGCCCUACGAGUGCCGGGACUGUGGGAAGUGCUUCAGCACCAGCUCCAACCUCUCCGCCCACCAGCGGACCCAUACGGGCGAGAAGCCCUACAUCUGCACCGAGUGCGACCGUCGCUUCGGCCACAAGUCCCACCUCAUCUCCCACCAAAAGACCCACACAGAAAAGCUCCACACGUGUUCCGAUUGCCCGGCCAGCUUCCGCAUGACCCACCAGCUCCUGGUCCACCAGAAGUCUCAUCAAGAGGACCGGCGUUAUAAAUGCCUCCUGUGCGGGAAGACUUUCAGCUACAGCUCGGCCCUCCUGGCCCACCAGCGGAUGCACACAGGGGACCGGCCUUUCAAGUGCCUUGAGUGUGGACGGAGCUUCAUCCGCAACUCAGACUUGAACAAGCACCAGAGGAUCCAUACGGGGGAGAAGCCCUACGAGUGCCCUGAGUGUGGAAAGAAGUUCAACCAGAGCUCCCACCUGGCCAGCCACCAGAGAGUCCACUUUAAAGGGACUGACACAAAUCCAGACACAAACGAGGAUGCUUCAGUUAAACAAGAAACAGAGUCAUCCUGAGGUUACAGUACUCAGAGCUGCUACUGUUAUAAGUUAUGAAAGUUGCACAUAAAACCACUAUUUGGUACCAAUGAGCACCAGGGAUGGGGAAGUGUGUCUGUUUUAAAAUAUGAGUAAACAUGCAGAGCAUUGCACAAAAAGACAUUUUAAAAAAAUGUAUGUCGCUCUAUUAUGGCAAAAACAAACUGCUCUGAGGCUCUGAUUUUUCAUCAAGGGAAACUUGAGUUUUGUGCCCUCUAAUGCCUUAUUCCAGGGAAGGGCAAAGCAUGACUUUUGGGUUCGUGUGUCCCUCAAGCAUGCUUUGUGGUCCUCAGCACCUCCAGAAUCCCCAUACUGCCUUUUUCUGGCCCAAAAGAAAGAAAGAAUGGAAAGACACUAGGCAUAAAAUUUGCCUUAUAAACUUAUUUAUUUAUUGUGUUGGAAACGAAUUAAGAAUAAAGUUACAAACAAAGUUAAAAACUUGGUAUUAUACUAAAUGUGCUUUGGCCAGAAGCUGGCCACUCGGAGUGCCUCUAGUGUCGCUGUAAGAAUGUCCUCCACUGUGCAUGUGGCAGGUCUCAGGCUGCAUUGUAGUAAGUGGUCUGUGGUUUGCUCUUGUCUACACUCGCACGUCAUGGACUCCACUUUGUAGCUCCAUUUCUUAAGGUUAUCUCUGAAUCUCGUGGUGCCAGAGUGCAGUCUGUUCAGCACCUUCCAAGUCACUCAGUCUUUUAUGUGCCCAGGAGGGAGUUUCUCAUCUGAUAUCAGCCACCGAUUGAGGUUCCGGGUUUUAACCUGACACUUUUGGACUUUUGCUUGCUGAGAUGUGCCUGUGAGUAUCUUUGUAGAUCUAUUUCUUGAUUUCAGGUGUUGGCAUUCUAGCUGAUAUCCAAUUGGAGGAUGGGCUGGAGAUGUCAAUGCCUUGGUCCUUUCAUUAUUGGCUGCUACUUCUCGAUGGAUAUUGGGUGGUGCAAUACCGGCUAAAUAGUAUAAUUUCUCUAGUGGUGUAGGGUGUAGUCAUCCUGUGAUAAUGCGGUAUGUCUCAUUAAGAUCCACAUCCACUGUUUUAACGUGGUGAGAUAUAUUCCGUACUGGACAUGUGCAUUCAGCAGCAGAGUAGCAAAGCACAAGGGCAGAUGUCUUCACUGUGUCUGGUUGUGAUCCCCAAGUUGUGCCAGUCAGCUUUCGUAUGAUAUUAUUUCUAGCACCCACUUUUUGCUUGAUGUUCAAGCAGUGCUUCUUGUAAGUCAGAGUAUGGUCCAGAGUAACUCCCAAGUAUUUUGUCUUAUAAAUAAUCUGCCUCUUUUUAAGCAAAACAAGAAAAAAAAAUAACCACCCAUUGUUGAGAACCAGAAAUGGGCUUCUAGCCACUUUGGGAUUUUUGCCUUUUUAAGUAAUCUGUGAAGUUCCCAGAGUCCUGGGGCAUAAUAGUGGCCACUGACCUGCCACAUCUGCCUUAUACAAACUUGCCUAUAUUUGUUUUGCAUAAUUUUCAAUUGUCUUCAAGUCACAGGAAAAGGCAAAAGGACAUUCAAAAUCUUGAGGCAUUGUCUUUGUGACAGUUAGAAAUCCUGACUGAAUUCUGAGAUCUUGCCAGCCAUUGCUUUCAUGCAUAAAGGCUCUCUGUGCUUGUAGGAGGGUAAACACUUGAUAUUUUAAAUAAAAGAAAUAAAACAUCGAGA